AAACCCUCGGAGUGGAUCACUGUUCCAAUAGACGAGCUCCGGGCCCGUGCUGACGUGCGUCGGUCCGUCACGUGACCUGAGGAAUGUUAACAAUGCAGCGAGUGUCCAACUUUGUGCUGCAUUUCUGCUCCUGCCUGGAGUCUGGGGAGAAAAUGGAGGCUCGUUUCAUCACAUUUCCUCGGCUCCUCCGUCUCCGUCUUCUCUGAGCUCUCCAGCUCUGUCGACGCGCUCGUUCGCCGAGGACGCGACUUUAAAAAGUUGUCGUGUGACGGGAUUUACUCUCCAAAAAUCUUGACUUCUUCUCGCUCACUUCUAUCACAUGGCGAAAAUUGGCAGCAUCAUGGUUUGGCUCCAUGGUGCCCUCGUGACUGGCUGCAUUUCCUGGAAUAAGCUGGAACCCGAGCCUUGAAAGCCACACCAUGGAAUGCCUGUAGUACCACACUUCACCUUCACCCACCACGCCAGCAUCUGCAGGAAUCAAAAAAACACAAAGAGACACAAACAAGUAAAGGGACACAGAGGAGGACUCCCAAAUCCGUGCUCCUGGAGACUCUUAUCUAUUUAGGUCAGCCAGCUUGAAGGGGAUCUUUUGGAGGGCGUAGGGGAGCGAGUGCCAGCUUUGUGCCUGUGUUUCCCUUUUAGAGUAGGUGCCUGCCCUGGGCACUGAGGCCAUGAGGCCCAAGACUUUCCCAGCUGCCCCGUAUGUGGGCAACACACGCCAGAGGCUUCAGGAGAUCAAGGAGGGUCUGAAGCAGCCGGCUAAGCUGGUGAGCCAAGCCCUGCAUGGGGGCAGCUCCCGGAGCGAGGGCAGCAGAGGGGCCGACUGCAAGAGCGGGAAAGACACGGCCAGCCGACAGCAGCAGCUCCGACCACCGCAGAAGUUCAACAACUACCAGAAUGCCCUGCGGGAAAUCCGCAAGUCCCUCAUGCCUUUUGCCAAUGAGUCGGGCCCAUCGUCUGGGUCGGGACACCCCGCAGCUGCCGGGGAGGUUAACCGGCAGAUGCUUCAGGAGCUGGUCAACGCCGGCUGUGACCAGGAGAUGGCGGUGCGAGCACUGAAGCAGACAGGAAGUAGGAACAUUGAAGCGGCCUUGGAGUACAUCAGCAAAAUGGGUUACCUUGACCCUCGCAAUGAGCUUAUUGUCCGUGUCAUCAAGCAGACUUCACCAGGAAAAGCUGGGAUGCCAAACUCAAUGGAUCACCGACCUGCAUUAGAGGCUUCAGGUGAGGCAGGUGCCUUACCUCCGUAUCACCAGAUGGGGGCUCCUAUGUAUGAGGGGCCAGCUGGAUACGGCCCUGAGAGUGAGAUUCCCAGACCCUACAUGAGUGCUCCCCCUGUAAUGAACUACAUGAUGCCCCCAUCUGGGGCAGCGCAGGGCCCUGCCAUGGGAAACCCGAUGGGUCGACCUCCCAGUAUGGGCACCUAUCCACCAGUGAUGGCCACCCAGAACAACCCAGCCAAUACCAUGUACCCUCCAGGGGCCCAGCAGAAGGGCUACCCUGGCAGUAUGGAGCAGCAUGGGCCCAUGAUGAGCUACAAUGUCCCUGGCCAGCCUCUGCAGCUUCAGCCUCAGCCACCAGGAGGCCCUGUCCCAGGCCCUCACUAUGAUUAUGGCCAUGCCAGGCCACACAUGAUGGAGCCUGCAGGCUAUGGAGUCAAGAGGACCGCCUCCUUCCAAAACAAGAUGGCACCACCCCCCAUGGCACCUCCAGACAACUAUGUCAACAUGCAGGGGAAAGGGGCCAUGGGUCAGAACGUUCCAGGAGGUGGAGGGGGAGGGUACCCCACUAACCUUUACCUCCCCCCUCAUUCCCACCCACGGCAGGCCAGCCCCACCUCUCACCAGGUUCACAUGAUGUCCCGUUCCCCAGGUGGGGUGGGUGCUAUGGGCCCUGACUUCUCUGAUAUGCCUCAGGGCUUGAUGACACCAUCCAGGGCCAGCCUCAACCUAGACCUGUAUGAUCACCCCUGGGCGGGGCCUCCAGGUCCUGAAGGGGCGCCUACAAACAGGCAACCCCAACCCCAGGGCCCAUUCCGGGGGGAAGUGCGCGUCCCCAGCAGAACAAACUCCUUCAACAGUCGUUCUGCAGGGCCCAAUGGUGUCCGGCCAGCAAUGACUGCACCCCCCACAUCUAGCAAACAGGAACACCCUCCAAACACCAUGACGGCUGUAACAUCCCCACCCAUCCAGCAGCCAGUCAAGAGUAUCCGUGUGAUGAGGCCAGAACCCAAGACAGCUGUGGGACCGUGUCACCCCAGCUGGAUGGCUGCUCAGGCCCAGGACGCAGGCGAGCCUCUGGCCUAUAUGCCAGAGGAACCCUACUCUCUGGAGUCUGCUCAGGAGCCACGGUGUCCACCACCACCAUAUCCCAAAAACCUGCUCAUGUCUGGGGCAGCUGGUGAGCCGGCGACCAUGGAGGGUACCGGGGCCAUGUGCGGAGCUCAGGACCUCAACAACCCUGCCACCAGAAGCACACAUGGCGGCAGCAGUGGGAGUGGAAAGGCAGAGGAGAACCAGCAGGUGAAAGAGAAGACGAAGGUGGGCAAGGGAGAAAAAACGGUAAAAGACAAGAAGCAGAUCCAGACGUCACCUGUUCCUGUGAGGAAGAACGGACGUGAUGAGGAGAAGAGAGAGUCACGCAUCAAGACCUACUCACCAUUCGCCUUCAAGUUCUACAUGGAGCAGCACAUAGAGAACGUGAUGAAGACCUACCAGCAAAAACUGAACCGCAGGCUUCAGCUGGAACAAGAGAUGUCCAAGGCCGGUCUAUCGGAAGCAGAGCAAGAACAGAUGAGGAAGAUGCUGAACCAGAAAGAGUCCAACUACAACAGGCUACGCCGCGCCAAAAUGGACAAGUCCAUGUUUGUCAAAAUUAAGACGCUGGGCAUAGGUGCCUUUGGCGAAGUGUGUCUUACUCGCAAGGUGGACACCGGUGCACUUUAUGCUAUGAAAACACUGCGCAAGAAAGAUGUCCUCAAUCGCAACCAGGUGGCGCAUGUGAAAGCAGAGCGUGACAUCCUGGCGGAGGCAGACAACGAGUGGGUGGUGCGUCUCUACUACUCCUUCCAGGACCGUGACAGCCUCUACUUCGUCAUGGACUACAUCCCUGGAGGAGACAUGAUGAGCCUGCUCAUCCGAAUGGGCGUCUUCCCCGAACCCCUGGCGCGCUUCUACGUGGCGGAGCUUACACUGGCCAUCGAGAGUGUCCACAAGAUGGGUUUCAUCCACCGCGACAUCAAGCCCGACAACAUCCUCAUUGACCUGGACGGACACAUCAAGCUGACUGACUUUGGUCUGUGCACAGGCUUCCGCUGGACGCACAACUCCAAGUACUACCAGAAAGGAAGCCACGUCAGACAGGACAGCAUGGAGCCCAGUGACUUCUGGGACGACGUGUCCAACUGCCGCUGCGGCGACCGGCUGAUGACGCUAGAGCAGCAUGCCAACCGGCAGCAUCAGCGCUGCCUGGCUCAUUCGCUGGUGGGAACACCCAACUACAUCGCACCAGAGGUGCUGCUGCGCAAAGGUUAUACCCAGCUGUGCGACUGGUGGAGCGUGGGAGUGAUCUUGUUUGAGAUGCUGGUGGGACAGCCGCCCUUCCUGGCCUCCACACCUACGGAGACUCAGAUCAAGGUCAUUAACUGGGAGAGCACCCUGCAGGUGCCCGCCCAGGUCAAACUGAGCCCCGAGGCCGUCGACAUCAUCGGCCGCCUCUGCUGCUCCGCAGAGGAUCGCCUGGGUGCUAACGGCGCCGGCGAGAUCAAGGCUCACCCCUUCUUCACCCAGACAGACUUCUCCAGCAAUUUGCGGCAGCAACCAGCUCCCUACCGGCCCAAGAUCGCCCACCCGAUGGACACGUCCAACUUUGACCCUGUGGAGGAGGAGGGCGGCCCUGGGGCGUGGAGUGACAGUGGGGACAGCACCCGGGCCUUGGACAUGCUCUGCUCCCCGCACGGGAAGCACCCGGAGCACGCUUUCUACGAGUUCACCUUCCGAAGAUUCUUCGACGACAACGGCUGCCCUUUCCGCUACCCCAAACCGCUCGAGGCCAGCGAGGUAUCGCUGAGCGCCACUGGAGCCGCCUGCAUGGGCCCAGACGAGGAGGACGAGCAAGAGGAGGAGGAGGAAGAGGAAGACGAAGAGGAGGAGGGCGAGCAGGGGGAGGGAUGCGAGCCGGUGUACGUGUAGAGCUGCAGACCGCCAGGCUUCCUGAGCAAGCGCGUCUGUCUACCGACUAAUGCUCAUCAUUCAGCUCGAGAGCUUCCCCUCAAACCCGCCACUGCUCUUCUGCGUAUGUGUCUGUGUGUAGAGGUGUGCAUGCUACACAGGUGUGUAUGUGUAUUUAUGCAUAUCUGGCAUGUGUGAUUGUUGCAGGAGCGAUGAACAUCGCCCCCUGGCAGAAUAUAUAGUGCAUCCACAAAGACCUCAAAUACAAAACUCCCCUGAUCCGGGACCAAGAAACAACAUUCUGAAUGUGACUGACUGCAUCAAGGGUGAAGCAUGUGCGGAGUCCGAAACUGAACCGGAUGAAAGGAGAUCGUUGCUAUUCUUGGGAAUGUAAAGGAUGUCUGGAUCACAGACAAGAUUUGUAAUUUCGAGGACUGCUUCUGGUUCUUCCAGCGGUUUUUCUCGUCCCAUUCCUUCCACCCUUUGGUCUUACGGACGACUGAAACACCUCCACGGUGAUCUUCUGAAACGGGAGCUACUUCCUGUUCUACCUGAGCUGCUUUACACUCUAGUAUUGGACACGACGAUGUGAAGAGUGGAACCAGGGCAGGGCGGGUCGGGGGGGAGGGGCAACACGCAACACGCCUCUUUCACAGCUGCUGCAAAAUAAGCUACAAAGACAAAUGCAUGCACGUGCACCACACUCACGCACACUUAUCAGUACAGGUCGCGCUCAGUCACAAAGGGUGAACCAAAAAAAAAGGCGUCGGUCUCUGCAUCCACGUUGACGUUUACGAAGUUGGCUCAGACUAGAUGGACGAACAAAUUCUCCCAGAAUCCUCUGACACGCGUUCACCCCCACAGAGAAACGGUUGUUUAGCAUUUAGCGUGGUAUGAGAGAAGCAAACAGUUUGUCACGUGUUUCAUAUUUUUGUGCCUCAAGUUCAAAUCUCUGCAUUUGUAGCAGAUUUUAAAAAAAAAAAGAAAAUUACAAUCAUAUUAACCAUAACAAUAUUUUCGGUCGCACCAUCUGUCUUCUAUCCACAGCUGCCUGAUUUUUUUUAUUUUUUUAUUUUUUAUUUAUAUGCCAACUGUAGUUCAGUGUCAUGUUUUGUUCUUAAGAUGUCCUAGUGUUUGUGAAGUUCUUCACAUCACUGAUUCUCUACUCUGACCAUUUCAAAGCUCACCUCCAAAAAAAAAA